AUGUCUGAAGCUCGGCUCCUAAUACAUGUUCAUUGUCUUUUGUUUUCCAUUUGGGCCUCCUCAGUGCUAACUGUACAUCAGGGUGAACUGAUGGAAAAACCAACAGAACCGAAUGGAUCUCUCAGUACCUCGGAAGAGUUUCUUGACACUCAAAGACGGAGUUCUUACAAAAUGGGCGAAGUAAUCUUCAUUGCGAUUGUAACGGGAUCUCUGAGUGUGGUAACCCUCGUGGGGAACGUUCUCGUUAUUAUUUCCAUCAAAAUAAACAGGCAUUUGCAAACUAUUAACAACUACUUCAUUUUCAGCUUAGCCUGCGCUGAUGUCACUGUUGGAGUAACCAUGAAUCUAUUCACCAUUUACAGUCUCCUUGGCUACUGGCCUCUGGGCCCGGUGGUGUGCGAUUUAUGGCUUGCUGUCGAUUACGUUGUCAGCAAUGCCUCUUCCAUGAAUCUUCUUAUCAUCAGCUUUGACCGCUACUUCUGUGUGACCAAACCCCUUAGCUACCCCGUAAGGAGGACACCAAAGGUUGCAGGCAUGAUGAUCGCAGCCGUUUGGGUGGUGUCAUUUAUUGUAUGGGCUCCUGCCAUUCUGUUCUGGCAGUUCAUCGUAGGGCAGAGAACAGUCAGUGACGGAGAAUGUUAUAUACAGUUCUUCUCCAAUCCUGCCGUCACUUUCGGCACUUCAGUAGCUGCCUUCUAUCUGCCAGUCACCAUCAUGGUGAUUUUAUAUGUAUAUAUAUCACGGGCUAGCAAAAGUCGAAUGAACGUGGAUAAAAACGAGUCUGGAUCUAAUAAGGAACCAAUUUCCCCCAACCUAGAGGUGGGUAAGAUACUGAAAUCGAAUCCGAGCAACAUAUCUAAUGCUUCUGUUAGGCUGCCAGAAGUGAAAAUGCCAAAAGGUACAAUAAUCCAUGGAAGAAUAAUUGAUCAUUUCGAUGAAAGAGAGGAGGUGUGCUUGGGUGAGUCAACUUCUUCCAUUAUGAUUCCACCAAAUAAGAAGUUGGUAGGGUCUAUCAGUGAUAAUGGAGAUGUCUGUACUGUGAUGGAUAACUGCAAAGUUUCCUAUACAAGGAUGAUUAAUCAACGACAAAACAGUUAUGACCAUGGAACCACACCUGGAAUCGUUGCAGAUCUUCGAAGCAAUAACGGGAAGGAUUGGAAGAUCACAGAAACUCAAAAAACAAGUAAAAUAAUUCAUAAUACUGCUCAGAAGAGAAAGGUCAGUGUUACGAGAGAAAUGAAAGUGACUAGAACCAUUCUGGCUAUUCUUCUGGCAUUUAUCAUCACUUGGAGUCCAUACAAUGUCAUGGUGCUCAUUAGCACGUUCUGUCCCAGCUGUAUUCCAAACACAGUUUGGAAUAUCGGAUAUUGGGUAUUUUACAUCAAUAGCACUGUCAAUCCAGCCUGUUACGCACUCUGUAAUGCUACUUUCAAGAAAACCUUCAAACAUCUUCUUUUGUGCCAGUUCAAGAGCAGUGGUGCAAAAAGUUAA